AUGUAUCUCGAACAGUCGCAUUGUGUGAGAGUAAAAGCAAACCGGUCGCUGAUAGCAAAUUGGGCUACAGGCAUUCUGCCUACGUGGAAUCACUCUUUCGAUUGCAGUUGAUCGUCGACUGCUGUUUAGCUAGCACUUGCCGCCACAGGCUUUGCUAAUCUUGAGCCGUUUCUAUCGCUUUUUAUAGCGUUUCUUAGAUUAUGUACAAAUAUCAAAGCGAUUCGCUUGAGAGACCCCUCGAAAAACGCGACGCCGAGAUGAAGUUCAGUAGAAAUGGAAAGUUGUUAUGGAACAUGGCGAAGAGCUCCCUAGCGCAGCCGUCACAAAAUGCGGUGGCCAAAAAGGUGCUACCCGCUAGCUGCAGCACAACAACAAGGGAUAAUUCGACCUCCAGUCAGCCGAACCUGUUGUCCUACCAUGUUUUGCCGCUGGAGGAAACCCUCAACCGCUUCAUGACAACCGUUGAACCCUUGCUGACUCCGGAGGAGUUGGAGCAGCAGAAGGUGAUUACUGCCGAGUUCUCGAAGAAGCAAGGCCGGGAGUUACAGAAGCUUCUGGAGGAGACCGGCAGCAAGGAGAAGAACUGGCUGGCCCACCGCUGGCUAAAGGUUGCCUACCUGCAGUACCGGUCCCCUGUCACUGUGUUCGUCAGUCCAGGAAUGACCUUCCCCAGGCAAAACUUUAAAAACUCACGCGAUUUUUUGGACUACACCUCCAAAGUAAUCUUUGGGUUGGGUGAGUUCAAUGACAUGGUGCAGGCCCAGAAGAUUCCGAUUGUGAAAAUGGGAAAGAACGAGUUGGACAACAGCCAGUUUGGCAAGGUAUUCGGCACAUGUCGGAUUCCAAAAAGGGGAACCGACGAGAUAGUCUAUAACCCAAGAUCCGAUUUUGUGGUGGUGAUCUACAAGAACCACUUUUACCAGCUGAAAAUAUACGACAAGGAGGGAAAACUUAUUGCUGCUCCACGUCUAGCAGCUCAACUCGAGGAUAUCACGUCGAAGGAAACAAAAGUCGGAGUUCCUUUUGGUAUUUUGACCACCGACUCGAGGGACAACUGGGCCGAAGCCUAUGAAAUCCUGUCUGGUGUUCCUGGUAACAAAGAGGCCCUUAAAACCAUUCAGAGUGCUCUCUUUACUGUUUCCCUCGACGAGUGCACCGCUUUCCCGGAAGGUGAAGAUGCUGACGAACUCAUUCGCUCGUUGAUCCACGGCAGUGGCAGCAAAGUCAACAGUGGCAACCGCUGGAUGGAUAAGACUAUUCAAUUGGUGGUGAACCCGAAUGGAAACGUCGGAUUUACCUACGAGCACUCGCCUGCUGAGGGACAGCCCAUCGCCAUGAUGAUGGACUAUGUGGUGCAGAAGAUGAAAGAGGAUCCCAACUACGGACAAUCUGGAUCGGAUAACGUUGCUUCUGCACAGAAACUGCAGCUUUCUUCGCCCAACAAAGGCUUAGAGCAAUCGUUGGCCACCGCACAAAGCAACGUGGAUAAACUGGCCGAGGAGCUGCAAGUCAAGGUUCUCAAAUUCAAAGGAUUUGGAAAGGACUUUAUUAAAAAACAGCGACUGGGUCCGGAUAGUUUUAUUCAGAUUGCCUUGCAGCUAGCCUUCUACAAAAUGCACUCUGAGCCACCUGCGCAGUAUGAGUCGGCACACUUGCGAAUUUUCGAUGGCGGGCGAACUGAAACUAUUCGGUCGUGCUCGAAUGAAUCCCUGGCCUUCUCUCGCGCCAUGCAGGACUCGAAAGCCACUGAUCAGGAGCGUGCUGACAAGCUUCGUCAGGCAGUAACCUCCCAUCAGACGUACACCAAGUUAGCUCUUCAGGGCAAAGGAGUCGAUCGUCAUCUGCUCGGACUAAAACUGAUGGCUCUGGAGAACAGCCAGCCUGUUCCAGAGUUCUUUGCAUCGCCAGGCUUUGUGAAGUCGAGCCACUUCCGCAUGUCCACAUCGCAGGUGGCCACCAAGUACGACGCCUUCAUGGGAUAUGGCCCGGCCACAGAUGAUGGAUAUGCUUGCUGCUACAACCCACGGGAACAUGAUAUUAUUCUUGCCAUAUCUUCCUGGCGUUAUAAUCCGAUCACCGAUCACUUAAAGUUCGCCAAGACCCUGGAACAGUCGUUCGCUGAAAUGAGGAGUGUUCUAGAGAACUCUUCAACAAACCCGCCUGAGAUUAAGAGCAAGUUGUAAAAAUGUUACAAAACAAUAUACGUUUGCAGUGAUUGAUAAUUUUGUUUCUAAAACUCUGA